AUGGCUCUGAAAGGAGUCUUCAAGGAACGACUUCUUCAGAUCGUUUCGGUGGCUACACAGGUGGCCAUAUCUCGGCGAGUGCAGAGGUACAAGCUCGCAUUGCGCGGGCGUCAAGACGCCGAAAACAGGCGAACAAGAUCGACCUCGGACCAGUCAACGCCAAUGAUAUGGGGAUGGAGUGUAGACGCAUCGUAGAACGCGUUUUCGUUUGAAGUUGGCGUCUUGUUUGAGAGUAGAUGUGACAGAUUUGCGUAGAAUAGGGUAAGACGUUAUCAUGAACGGAGAUGAAAGGGCUUUUCCAACACGGAGAUGUAGCAUGGAUCAAAGCAUUUGUUGGAUUUCAGCUUUUACAAGCGGACAUCAACGCAGUAGUAUUUUAGCAAGCUUACGAACGCAUAUAGGAUACCAUCAGGAUUGUCAUUGGUUUUAUUUCAAGUUGAAGAGGAGAUACUUUUACGAUGUAAAUGACAGUAGAAAUGAGUCCUACAUAUUAUGUUGUUGUACUUCGUAUUGGUUUAAUAUUCAUGUAGAGUAUGAGACAUUAAGUGAAAGUUUUCUGAGGUGUCGUUCUUGUUCGAACUCUUUGAGAAGUACAUUUCAGAAAUUUCUCAACAACCGAAAUUUCUGUGCGCGUGGCGUGGAGGCGGGUCUUCCGUCAACCAGGCCACCCGAUCGAGAUAUAACUAUGCAUACUGCCGUAGAUUAGUCUUGGAUGCCCCAGUCGAAGGAUUGGAACUUGAGCAACGAAGUAACGAACUACCAAAGAAGCCUGAAAGAAUUUCACGCUGUGCAUGACGUAAAAAAAGCUGGAUGUUUUUCUAGACUCCCUAAAACUCAACUCUCUCUUCCCCAGUGGAGCGCGCGGUCAGUAUACGUACGGUCGGCCAGGUCAACGCACCACGAGGCAAUCAGAUGAUGAUGGCUGCGGUGGAUUUGCAUGAGUUGGCAGCUUUGCGACAAAUGUUCACACAUCACACAUGCACCUGAUCCGUCCGCAACACCGGCAGCUCCAAAAACUUGGUUCCAGUACCGUCCUCCAUCAACUGCACCAAAGGCGCAGCGUGGAUGUAUCCCAGCCUAACUAUCUCUCCUGUACUCGGGCGCGCCAAGAUAGGGCUCCCGCGGUGGCUCGGCUCCAUAGUUCCAGCUAAACAGGAAGGUAACAGAAUUGUGUUGUUGAACGGCGUGCGAGGUGUGUCGGUUCACUGCGAACAAAUAACCAAGAACGUUCCUGAGGUCCGAAUAUUUUCAUGGCCCUGACGUAAACUGGUAAACUAUUCGUGUAGUUCCCCACCUGGGAAUUUGCGAAUUCUUCCUUUGGGCUUGUCCGGCAAAUUUGAAGGCGGCUGUUUGUUGCAAAAUCCGUUCCGGUCGAUACUCGUCGGGUCAUGUCACGGUCCUGUGACCGAUGAGCGAGGGGUUCCUUAGACAAUCCUUCGCCCCCGCUCAUACAUAUGCAACCGCGAAACGUCCACAGCGCAGCAGUACAAAUCGGAAAAAAAUAUCGCCAGUCCUUCGCACGAUCAGCGUGCAUCACGUAUCAGAGGUUCGUGGAAUUGAGUGAAACAGUAUGUACUGCUGUAGACCAGACUACGUCAGGUAAGCUACGACUUUACAGCAGCAGUAUGUACGGGCACGUCAAAUAAAAUCCGGUCGAGGCUCAGUUUCUUAUUUCGCCACCACCCUCCUCUUCCCCUCGCUGCCUCGGGA